CUAAAAUAUUUAUUUUAUACACUCUAGUGGUCUGAGACCCACUACGAUCCCCGAGCCAACAAAACAUUUGAAAGCAAAACAGAGAGAACUCAGAGAAGGGAAGGCGAAAAGACCAAGAGAAAAAAAUUCCUCUCAGGCUAUUCCGAUCCAGAACAGAGGCAAGCGAGUGGCGGUCUGAUUCCUAUUUCUUCCCUAAUUCGAUUCACUCCUUUCUUAAUCUUCCGUUUAUAGAUCCCGUGAUGGCUUUCGUGAACAAUAAAGGAGCCUCUUCUUCUUUUUCUUCCACUCGAAACUAUGAUGUCUUCUUGAGCUUUAGAGGUGAAGAUACCCGCGAAGGUUUUACCAGUCAUCUAUAUAAGGCUUUGUGCGACAAAGGCUUUUACACCUUCAUCGAUGAUAAACUUAGGAGGGGAGAAGAAAUUUCGGAAGAACUUAUCCAAGCCAUCAAAAAUUCAUCGAUUUUGGUUAUUGUCUUCUCUGAAAACUAUGCAGAGUCCAAAUGGUGCUUGGAUGAACUUGCUGAGAUUGUUGACUGUAGAGAAAAGGACCAGGAGGUUCAAAUUCGUCCAGUUUUUUACAAUGUUAAUCCAUCAGAAAUACGAAAUCAAAAGGGAAACUUUGGAAUAGCACUGGCUAAUCAUGAAAUGAAGUUCGAGAAUAACAAGGAUAAGGUGCAGAGGUGGAGGGAUGCUCUAAGAAAAGCAGCUAAUGCAUCUGGAUGGCAUUACAAGAAAGGUUGCUCUACAUAUAAAUCUGAAUCUCACUUCAUUCAAAACAUUGUUGAAGAGAUAUCAAUUGCUAUAUUAAAUUGGACGCCGUUAUAUGUUGCUGAAUACCCAGUUGGAAUAAAUUCUCGUGCAGAGGCCAUAGAGUCACUUUUAGAUAUUGGGUUAGAUGAAUUUUGCAUGGUAGGGAUUCAUGGCCUUCCUGGAGUAGGAAAGACUACAAUUGCAAAAGCUGUUUAUAAUAAAAUUUCUAAACAUUUUGAUGGAAGCAGCUUUUUAAUGAAUGUCAGAGAAAAUUUGGGGACAGAUGCUGGCAUAAUCACACUACAAGAGCAACUUCUUAAUGACAUCUUAGUGGAUGAAAAUUGGAGAGUGGGCAACAAAUUUAGAGGAAUCAGUUUAAUAGAAAAGAGACUUUGUUGUAAAAAGGUUUUUUUAAUUCUUGAUGAUCUCGAUGAUUCAACAAGAAUAGAGAAUUUGCUUGGAAAAUGUAAUUGGUUUGCUCCCGGAAGUAGAGUCAUUUUAACAUUAAGAGAUAGAUGCUUGUUAGCUGCCCUUAAAGAAAAACUUUGUACAACUUACAAGGUCAAGGAAUUCGAGGUCGAGCAAUUAAACGAACAUGAAGCUCUUCAACUCUUCAAAGGCCAUGCCUUUUCGGGAAACAAACUUUAUGAUGAAGAUUAUUCUAAACUUGCAACUAAAUUCAUAGAUUUUGCCAAUGGCCUUCCACUAGCUCUAGAAAUAAUAGCUCGUGAUUUGUGUGGAAAAGCUAAAGAUGAAUGGGAAAGUGCAUUAGAUAUUUAUAACAAAAUCCCUAAUGAAGAUAUUCAAAAAAUACUUAGAGUAAGUUACGAUGGAUUGCAUGAAACUGAGAAAAAUAUUUUUCUCGAUAUUGCAUGUUUCUUCGAAGGAUGGAACAAAGAUUAUGUUGUAAAGAUAUUAGAUGCUUGUGGAUUAUGUCCUGGCUUUGGUAUUCCGAGACUUGUUAAUAAAUGUCUCAUAACUAUUGACGGAUUUGGUAGAUUGUCAAUGCAUGACUUGAUACAACAAAUGGGCAAGGAAGUUGUUCGACAAGAAGCACCAGACAUUCUCAGAAAACGUAGUAGGUUAUGUUGUUAUAAGGAUUCACUUAAAGUACUAACUACAGAUAAGGGAUCCAAAAAAAUUCGAGGCAUAAUGUUGCAUUCGCCUCAACCGAUAGAGGUGCAACUACACACUGAAGCUUUCAGGAAGAUGGAAAAUCUCAAAUUUCUAAUAGUUGAGAAUGUACGUAUAUGUAAACCACUUGAAUUUCUUCCCAACAAUUUAAUACUUCUUAAGUGGCCCUAUUAUCCUUUUCAUUGGCCAUUAGAAUAUUUUCCUAAACAACUUGUUGCUAUUGAGAUGCCACAUAGUCGCAUUAGAUUGCCAAAGCUAAUCAAGCAGGAGUGCCACUUAGAAAAUUUGAAAGACGUCAAUUUUCGAGAUUGUGAAUUUAUUAGGAUUUUACCUAAAUUAUGGGCCCCAAAUUUAGAGUAUUUGAACCUCUCUUAUUGUAAAAAUUUAGUUAAAUUACCUAAAUUAUGGGCCCCAAAUUUAGAGGAUUUGAACCUUUCUGAUUGUGUAAAUUUAGUUGAGGUUGAUGAAUGCUUUGGAUAUCUUGAAAAGCUUAGAACGUUGUAUCUCAGUGGUUGCAUAAAACUUCAGUUUCUUCCAAGCCAACUCAGGUUGAAAUCUCUUAAAUAUGUUUGUCUUACUGGCUGCUCAAGGCUUGAGAAGCUCCCCGAUUUUCAUCAAGAAAUGGAAUGUUUAGUGGCUUUAUAUUUAAGUGGGAGUGGUAUUAGAGAGGUGCCUUCAUCAAUCGAGCAUCUCACUAAGCUUGAUACAUUAAUCCUUCAUAAUUGCAAAAACCUUCGGGAUCUUCCAGAUAGCAUUUGUAAAUUGCAACAGCUUCGGGAUUUGCGGACUUCUACUACCAAAUUGAGACCGACAUGCAAUUCUUCUGAAAGCUCUUUCGAGGGCUCUGAAGCCAUAAUUGAAUUAGAUCUUUUAAUGAUGCCUGAUUGCUUCCCCGCAUUGAAAAGAUUAGAUCUGUUUGAAACAAAUACUGUUACCAUCCUUGAAAGCAUUAGCAGAUUUCCCAAAUUAAACUUACUUCUUAUUAGGAAUUGCAAGCUUCUUCGUGAAUUUCCAGGAAAUGCAGAGAAUUGCAUGUUGUUGGAUACGCAAUCAGCAAGCGGGCUAUUGAAUCAGGUAAUAGAAAUUAUUGGGAUUUCACCAAAUAGAGUAUGCGGUAGUGCAACAAGCACCAAUUACUUCCCAUCUGAAUCUGAAGAUGGGGACAUAUCAAUGGAUCGGCGGUUCUCCAAUCACUCCCCAUCUGAAACCGAGGGCGUUGAAUAUGAAAAUCAUCAGUUCUCCAAGCGUACUAUUAUUUUAGGGGAAACUGAGAUGCCAAAAUGGUUUAAUCAUCAAAGUGUUGAAAAUUCCAUAUUUUUCUGGGUUGGUCGCAAAUUUCCAAAAUUGGCUGUCGGUAUUGUUCUUGGACGACAGGUCUUUCAUGGCUAUGUUUACAUUUCCAUCAAUGGUUAUCAAGGAUGUGAAUAUGAGCAUAUUGUACACUCUGGAGAUAAUUGUAAUCUACAUUUAUUUUCUCCAUCUCAACGGUCUCUACAGGAGCAUCUGAAUAAAUCAAAUCCAACUGACCAGAAUCAUGUUGAGGUUAUAUAUAUCUGUAGCCGUGCAGAUUCUAUAAAAAGGUUGGGGGUCCACGUAGAAUGCACCUGUCCUCCUCAAGAAUCUCCUAUACCUAACUUGCCCCUUCUAACUGCUGGAUAUGAUGAUGAUGAUGUUGUUGAUUACAUGCGUGAGUUGCCAUUUUAUGUAUCUGAUGAUAAAGAAGAAUAUCAAUCUCCUCUGGUCCAUGAUGAUGAUGUUGAUUACUGGCGUGAGUUGCCAUUUUAUGUAUCUGAUGAUAAAGAAGAAUAUCAGUCUCCUCUGGUCCAUGAUGAUGAUGUUGAUUACUGGCGUGAGUUGCCAUUUUAUGGAUCUGAUGAUAAUGAAGAAUAUCAGUCUCCUCUGGUUCAUGAUGACACAUCUAUGUCGUGCAUGAGUUGGCUAGUUGGACCCACCACCAAGCUUUUUAAGCUAUUUUGCUUUUGCUGCACCAGAGAUUUUUCUUGAAAGGGUUACUGAACUGAGGCCCUUAGGCCUUGGUUGGGUUUUGCUUGUUUUACACUUCAAUGGCCCAAGACUUUGUAAACUUCAGUCUCUAUUCAUCGUGGUUUCUGUCUGUUUCCUUUUUGCAUUUGAUGACAAGUUGAUUGGGAUGGUUGCAGUUGAAGUCACUGGUUGGCCCCGGAUUUCCUUCUGCCUUGGAUCUCUGCUAAAUUGCAUGAAGUAAAGACUCAAUGGGAAGUACUGGUUACAGAUGAAGCUGCUCAGCUUAAGGAAUGUGAAUCCACCAUUCCUUUACAACUUCCUGGCCACCGCCUCGCUAUUCUCAUUGGGGAUGAGCAGCAACUUCCUGCAGUGGUUAAAAGCAAGCUGAAUUUGGAAGAAGUUUGUUCCAGAGGCUGAUUUUGGAUGGCCCCAAUGUCAAAGAAAGAAGACAUGAAAGGAGUUUCCUUCAGGGAAGUAUGUUCGGC